GAUUUCCGAUGAAUUGGGUUAGUUUUUGUAAGACCCCUAUAUCCCCCACCACUCGCGUUCUUCGUUUUGCUUUAGCCAGGUGAAAAAUCACAUCAAACAUUUGAAAAAUAUUCCGUUACAUGUCAUCAUCAAAGUAUCAAACAUGUAAUAUGCUCUCAAAUUCACACCAUUUUAUAUUGCUUCCCACCUAAGUACCUAACUGCACUGUUGUGUCACUCACUACCCUCUUCUUCCCCAAACUUUUUCACCCAACAUUUUCUCUCUCAUCUUUCACUAAAUUUUUAUGCAAUGCUUGAAUUAGAACUCUAUAAUGAACUGGAUUUCUUCAGAAUCACAAAUUCAGCCUUUUUCAUCAAAUCACCCACUUCUUUUCUCUUACACAUUUCAUCGAACAAUUCGUCGACAUUCCUUUCAAAUUCUCUCUCUUCCUCUUCUUCCGCCUUGCGAAUUAACCACCGGCGAAAACAUGUAGUGGAUUCGGAAAUUCGUCGCCGUUUCUCCGAUUUCUUGUCUGUCAGCUUAUCGGUCAAAGAUGCUGAUGAUGGGUUUUCUGGGGAUUCGUCUCAAUCAUUGGGGCAAAAUGGGGAUCGUAAUUCUGAAUUUAUUAGGGUUUCUGAAUUACUUGAAGAAACCAAGGAGGAGGAAGUAAAGGUGAGAAGUUCUGGUGCAUUCAAUACCACUAAACAUUUGUGGGCUGGUGCUGUUGCUGCCAUGGUUUCAAGGACCUUUGUUGCCCCUCUCGAGCGACUAAAAUUGGAGUAUAUAGUUCGCCAUGAGCAGAAGAAUUUGUUUGAGCUCAUCCAAACAAUAGCAACUACACAAGGAAUCAAAGGCUUUUGGAAAGGAAAUUUUGUCAAUAUCCUUCGAACUGCUCCUUUUAAAGCAAUUAAUUUUUACGCUUAUGAUAGGUAUAGGAAUUACCUUUGCAAGUUAUCUGGAAAUGAGGAGGCUGCAAAUUUUGAGAGAUUUGUUGCUGGUGCUGCUGCUGGUAUCACUGCUACCUUACUCUGCCUACCCAUGGACACUAUCAGGACUGUUAUGGUAGCUCCAGGCGGUGAAGCUCUGGGCGGUGUCAUUGGUACUUGCCGGCAUAUGAUCCAAACUGAAGGAUUCUUUUCUCUGUAUAAGGGCUUAGUCCCGUCACUUGUAGCAAUGGCUCCUUCUGGUGCAGUAUUUUAUGGUGUUUAUGAUAUAUUGAAAGCAUCCUAUUUGCAUUCACCUGAAGGGAAGAAAAGAAUAGAAAACAUGAAACAGCAAGUAGGAGACCUUAAUGCUCUGGAUCAGCUGGAACUGGGUCCUGUUAAAACACUGCUUUAUGGGGCAAUUGCUGGGGCUUGUUCUGAAGCUGCUACUUAUCCGUUUGAGGUUGUUAGAAGACAGCUUCAAUUGCAGGUGCGGGAGAAAAAGUUGAAUGCUGUGGCAACUUGUGUCAAGAUAGUAGAGCAAGGAGGUGUUCCAGCCCUGUAUGCUGGAUUAAUUCCAAGCUUAUUACAGGUUUUACCAUCUGCUGCCAUUAGCUACUUUGUCUACGAGUUUAUGAAGGUGGUUCUCAAAGUGGAUUCAUAGUUCUGCCUUCUUGCAACAAUAGAGCAGCAAGUUUUUCUUAGUUGCUUGGAAGUUGCAGUUAUUACCUUCGACUCAGCUGAUGAUUAUGGACUUGUAAACAUGAAGAAAGCAAGUAUAUUUUCACCAUGCUUGGUCUAAACUACCUUCUCACCGACAGUUCUUUGUCAGAGCUAACGUUGAUGAUUUGCUGGAGGAUAUGGAUAACAUCUUGUCAUGAUUAUCUUCCCUUAUUGCUUAGGAGUUCAGAAGUUUGGAAUGAUUCUAAAGUAGUUGUCCUUAUAAGACAAUAUUGUAGCUGUUGGAUAUGAACCACAUGCCCACAUAUAUUUACAUUUUACAAGCCAGAUGUGGAUGCAGCUCACUGGCGGCAAAUGUCAGAUGUGUUGGAUGCAUUGUUGUCUUCAAAGACAACUGAUACAGAGCUUCACUGAAGUUUGAUGGUGUACUUUGCUCACGGAAAGAAGUAUAUGUGAGCAUUCUACAAUUGGGUUAUUAAUUUGAAGUUUACAGUCGACUCUUCGGCUGACAUUAGAUGUAGAGCCUUGGUACUAAUCUUGUGGGAUGUCGUAGCUGGCAUUAUUUGAUAUAGCUCUUUUAUCAACCCGAAGAAAUGUAACUUGUCAUCAUCUCUUGAGAAUUAAGUUUAUCCUCGUAUCAUUGAUCGUUCACUCAAUUACAUAAUUUUCAAGUUGUAAUACAGACUCUUGUGUCUAGAAAUUAUUGAAAAAGGUGUGUAAGAAAAAUGUAGAUAGGGUAAAAGGUGUGUCAAAAAAAGUUGAAUAAAGUAAAAGAGAUAGAGUAGAAAUGUGUAAAUCAGGUAAUAAAAAUUAAAAUACAUGAAUUGAACAUUUAUAUACCCGAAAAUGGAAAGUAAGUCAACAAUUA